GCUUUACGCGCCAGCUUUGGCCUUGGCCACCGAGCAGCGGAAUCGGCGGCGGAGAAUGGAGAGUAGCGAUGAGGCAGCAGUCGAGAAGUGCCGCGUCCACUUGCGCCCCGGCACCCUGCGCGACGCCGCUAGCGCCACGCUGCAUCUUCUGCCUUGCGAGGUUCUAGUUAACCGGCCCGCCCCCGUGGACCGCUUCUUCACCCCAGCCAUUCGACAGGGUCCCAACGGACUCGAAGUGUCGUUUCGGGGCCGCAAACUACGAGGCGAGGAGGUGGUGGUGCCUCCCGGCCUCGUGGGAUACGUGAUGGCGAUGGAGGAGCAGGGAGAGGUGUCGAUGGAGAAGGACUUCUCGGAGGGUGACGAGCGAGAGGAGCAGGAGCGGGCAGGACCCCGCGAGGCGCUGGAGCGGGACUUCGACCAGUUUAUCGGAGCCAUCGCCAGUUUCAGCCGCUUCACGCUAUGGGGCCUGGAGACCAUUCCUGGUCCGGACGCCAAAGUGCGCGGGGCCCUAACCUGGCCCAGUCUGGCCGCAGCGAUUCACGCACAGGUGCCUGAAGACUGAGAGCCGGAACUUGAAAUUGAAAGCCACUGGUUCCUUCACCCCAAUAAACAAGCUCUUCAUUUUGGAACCACUGAUUCCAUCACCCCAAUAAACAAGCUCUUCACAGCA